UUCAGAGAGCGAGCGAGGGAGCGUAGGCGAGCGUCAGAUUCACAAGCGGUAAACAUCUGUCCUCUUUAUCUCCACCGGAUGUUAAAGAGAAGAUAAGCGAGCCGGUGACAGACCGCUCGUACCCGGUCGAGUAUCAGUGCGUCCGUGACAAGCGGCGAGAGAGAACGACCUUGCUUGUGCUGGUGUGGUGGCGGGGCUCGAGCAGGAACUGGGUCACACUUCUGCAGGUAGAUUUGCCGUUCCCGGGAAAGUCUCCAUCGUUCUCCACCCAAUCAACGUCGAUUCAGCGCCAUCUAUAUUCCAUUUCUUUAGGUGUCAAACGCGGGAGAGAGAGAGAGUUCCUCAGCCUGCCACCAGGGGGCCGUCAACCACUGGCAACCAACUACUCAAAAUGGAAACCACGAUAGAAUAAAUAAGAUUGGACUAAAGAAAAAGGAAGAAGAAUAAGGAGAAGGAGAAGGAGGAGAAGAAAUACUCAGAAGGACUUCUUCACACGUUCUUACAAAGUAACCUAUAGGCGGACGCGUCACUGCAUAAACUAAUUCUCAAAAUCAAAUCAAAAUCAACCAGGAAUCACCAAAGAGCUUCCGAAUUCCCACCCGUCCUCUCCAAGAAGCACUCGAAGCGAAGGCCACUGUCACCCUCUUAACACGUCUUAAGUACCACUCGAAAAAAACCUUUCGGCCUCUACCAGCUCACCCCACUCUCAAGUAGUACUCUAAAUACCCCCUUAUUUUCCUGCGUCGACCAGAAGCUCAUCCACUCCGUAUAACACUCGGAAAGACGCUGCUGGUGCCAUCUGGUAGAGGUUCAAGCGGACCAAGUAAAGCUCAAAACACGUCUCGUUGUCUCUCUCUGAUCUUUCUCUCUCACAGGUGCAAAUCCUUGCCCCUUUCCUCUUUCGCUUCUCUUUCUCUUUCUCGUCUCCAUCUCUCACCGGUGUAAAUUCUUGUCAUUUCUUUCCUCAACUCUCUCUCAGCUGCAUCUCUUACGAGUGCAAAUUCACGUCUCCAUCUCUUCCGCAUCCAAAUCUCUAACCGGUCCAUAUUCUUGACCCUUCCUCUUUCCUAUCUCUCCCUCCUCCUUGUCCCUUCCUCUCUCCCAUCUCCAUCUCCAUCUCCAUCUCCCUCUCCCUCUCCCACGCCCAAAUCUCUCACCGUUGCAUAUUCGCCACCACAAUGCCUUACCAGGGAGAUCGCACGGCGGAGAAACAGCCCGGGCAGUUCACCACGGACGUCAAGUACAUCAGGAAGUUACCUGGAGCGCUCAUAGUUGUCCAGCUGAUCUGCUGCUCCCUCGGCUUCAUCCUCGCCGUCUGCUCCUCCGUCAUGUGGAAGGUCAGGGCAGGUCACGGCUUCUUCACCUUCGUCUCCUUCAUCGCCUCCGUCAGCUGCAUCAACUGGCUGGUCAUCCACGUGUUCCAGAUCUACCUCCUCUUCAACAGGAGUUUCAACUGGAAUAUUUUGGGUUUGGCUCACAACGGACUCUGCGGUUUCCUGUUGAUGAUCGCCAGCUGCGUCAUGGUGGAGCUGGCAUCCGCUGCGAGGGCGCUGAGGGCAGCUGGGGUUUUCGGUUUUCUUGGUUUUACUGGCUUCCUAGCUGGCUUGGUGUGGGAGGUGAUGGUCUGGCUCAAGAACAGGGACUCGGGGCCAGGCUUCGCAACAGCUACAGUCGUCUCUGGAUUGGACAGACCGGGGACUCCAGACAGCGGCAAUUCGGUAGACGUCGGGGAUGAAGUGGCCACCAGGGACAACGAAGACGCCGAGGCUGCUGUCGGGUUCGUCGGGAUGAAGGCCAGGCCCGUGUCAUCUUUCAUUCAGGAGCCCCGUCAGAACGGCGGAGUGACCACGCCCAUGCUCUACGCCCCUGGCAAGGAGGGGGAGGAUGACCCCGACCGCCCACGCAGCAGAGGGGCGGCUUCAGAGAACUCGUCAUGCUCCUCCGUGGAAGGCGAGUGGCAGACCCCGUCCUGAGGCUUCAUUCAGUCGCCCGUUCGAAGCACAGCGCCGGGGGUCGAAGCUUGUGAAUCAAUUUUUUUCUUUCUUUCUUUCUUUUUUUUCGUCCCAGAAGGAAAUUUGUGAAUCUUUUUAUUUUCGUCCCGGAGUGAAAUUUGUGAAUUUUUUUUUUCCGCCGCAGAUCGAAACUCAAGCUACAGAAUUGAACGUAUGAAUUGCUUUUCUUUUCCUUCUUAUCCGAAGCAUCAAAGCGCGAAUCAACCCCAUGAAUCUUUCUUCUAUUCGCCCGGGGAUUCACUACGACUCUUGCUCGGAGAAUGAAACCGGGAAAUGAAGCUAUUAUCGCCUUUUAUUCCUCGCCUUCUCUUUAAAUUGUUUCUUGAUUGAGUGUUCUGGUCUUUUCUCUUCUUUUCCUUUCACUUAAGUUCUUUUCUUUUCUUUUCCUUUUUCUUUCAUUCAUUUUCUAUACUUUCCAUUUCAUUUUUUGUUUGUUUUUCUUUUCUUUUAUUUUCUCUUA